GAAGACGGACGCGGAUUCACUAGCCUCAGGGGGGUGGGCCAGCUUGCCAGCCGCUUUUCCGCAGUCAUAAAGUCGGCGGGCUGGCGGGCGAGAAAGCCGGGCCCCGACGCUGUUUUCUGGGGAAAUGGUGGGGCUGCAUUGGCGGUGCUAAGGGUGUCGAAGGAGAAGCAAGCGGUUAGCUCAGGCGUGGAACCCACCAGCAUGUCUCCUGUCAGCGAGGAGCUGGGGCCGGGGGAUGACUCCUCCCUCCCUACUUACGAAGAGGUGGCGGGAGGCAUGGGGAACGGGGACUGGCGCCCUCCGGAGGUGUCCGCUGCUUCGGGAGCCGGAGAGUCCCUCCUGGCCACGACAGAGGCGGCGGUGAAGCCCCCUGAGGACGCGGGGAAGGAAAAAGAGCCACCGUCGCCGAGCCCGCAGGCGGCGGGAUUCGUCCCUCCAGAGGGCGGCUGGGGUUGGCUGGUCAUGCUAGCGUCCAUGUGGUGUAACGGGGCCGUCUUCGGCAUCCAGAACUCCUGCGGCGUCAUGUUCAAGUCCAUGCUGUCCGAGUUCGGAGACCCCAGCGACAAGCAACUGAUCUUCAGGACAGCAUGGGUGAGUUCCCUGUCCAUGGGAAUGAUCUUCUUCUGUUCUCCCAUAGUCAGUGUAUUUACCAAUAUAUUUGGCUGUAAAACAGUAGCUGUAGUUGGAGCAGCUGUGGCUUUCAUUGGACUCCUUUCAAGCUCCUUUGUAAGGACGCUUGGACCUCUCUAUUUCACUUACGGGAUUUUAUUUGGAUGUGGUUGCUCAUUUGCAUAUCAACCCUCCCUGGUCAUCUUGGGCCAUUAUUUCAAGAAGCGUUUGGGUCUGGUGAAUGGCAUUGUCACUGCUGGUAGCAGCUUGUUUACUGUAGCUCUGCCUUUUCUUUUAACUGUACUGAUUAAGUCAGUUGGCCUGAACAAUACCUUCAGGAUUCUAUGCAUUUUUAUAUUUGUUCUCUUCUUGGCUGGUUUCACAUAUAAGCCUCUCAUUCCUAAUGCCAAAGAAAGUGGAGAAAAGGGCAAAUCCUCUUUUCCUCCUGCAAAACCUAUUUUCAAUUUUUCCAUUUUCGGAGCUAUGAGUUAUCGAAUCUGGGCUUUUGGAAUACCAGCUGCUUUAUUUGGAUAUUUUAUACCUUAUGUUCACCUACUGAAACAUGUGAAAGAACGGAUUGGUGAAGAUGUUCAAGAUGAAACUCUUCUACUUUGCCUUGGUUUUACUUCAGGAGCUGGUCGAUUGAUCUUUGGAAGAAUUGCAGAUUAUGUUCCAGGUGCAAAAAAGAUUUAUCUACAGGUGAUCUCAUUUUUCUUCAUUGGCUUGAUGUCUAUGAUGAUUCCCCUGUGCUAUUCCUUUGGAAGUCUCAUUGCUGUCUGCCUCUUCAUGGGUCUCUUUGAUGGCUGCUUUAUUAGCAUUAUGGCACCUAUUGCUUUUGAGCUAGUUGGUGCACAGGAUGCUUCUCAGGCAAUUGGAUUCCUUUUGGGCUUUAUGUCUAUACCAAUGACAGUUGGUCCACCUAUUGCAGGUAUACUACGAGAUUACCUAGGUACUUAUGAUGUAGCAUUCUAUCUAGCAGGAAUUCCCCCUAUUAUUGGAGGAGCUGUGCUGUGUUUCAUCCCUUGGGUGCAUGCAAAGGAAAAAGCCAAAGAACGCCCUAGACCUGUAGAUGGAGAAACUAUGGAUAAAAUGUUGGAACUGGAAGUCAGAAAUGCAGCCACAUUGGACUCAGUUGAAAAAAACAGCAAAGAAUUUGAAACUGUUAUUUAAUUGUUCAUAUUUUUCUACCAGAUUGAAUUUAUUUUUAUAUGGACUAGCUUUCUAUUUGUAGACUGAAAUACCAUAUGAUUGUACUUGAAAGCAAAGCCCUGAUAAUACUUUCAAAGUAAUAGUGACAUUUAAAGCCAAACUGCUAACAGAAAUGCCUUUUUAAUUGUGCUUGAUUCAGGUUUCAGAGCACAUUUCCCUAUCCCAUACAGGCUUGUAGCAUCCCAGUACAUUUGCCUCCAUGUGAUCAAUGUAAGAACUGUUUUUUCUUAUGUUCCUGUGUUUCUGAAACUUGAGGAUUCUGCCUGCCUAUUAAUGGAUCUUUUCAAUUUGCUUCAGUAACCUUCUAAUCUGUUCAGUGCCGCUACAUUAAUUUAUACUUAAUUUUUAGUAUAUUAUGAAUGUUUAAAAUCAAACAUUUUAAUAUUUUAGUGUAUAUAUUCGGAGCUUUUAAGAUCGAUGUAUUGUCGAGGGCUUUCAUGGCCAGAGAACGAUGGUUGUUGUGGGUUUUCCGGGCUGUAUUGCCGUGGUCUUGGCAUUGUAGUUCCUGAUGUUUUGCCAGCAGCUGUGACUGGCACUGUGACACUGAGAGAUCUCUGUCUUUUGGUGCUACACCUCUGAAGAUGCCAGUCACAGCUGCUGGCGAAACGUCAGGAACUACAAUGC